AUGUCAGUAUCUGGAAAGAAAGAGUUUGAUGUGAAGCAGAUCCUGAGGCUCCGCUGGAGGUGGUUCAGCCACCCCUCGCAAGGCUCCACAGGCACGGGGGGCUGCCACCAGCAGGAAGGAUAUGAGCACAGAGGGACCCCGGUUCAGAACAGGUUGAAGAACCACUCUCGGGACAGAAACGGGCUGAAGAAAAACAGCAGUCCUGUCCACCACAAUAUACUGGCACCCGUGCCAGGUCCAACCCCAGUGCACCACCGAUCGAUUCAAGCCUGGCAUCAACAGAAUCUCAUAGAACAGCUUCGAUCAAAUGAGGAUAUUCCCAAAAGAAGCACAGAGGAAAACUGUGUCAAAGAAGAUUCAAUUAAAACCACACAGGAGUUGCAGAUGAUCACAGAAGAGAAUUCAGAUGAAUCUGCAGAGAGACUGUCAACGACCAGUAGCUCCCUGCUUGGAAUGAACACCAAUGGCUCAGAUGAGUAUUUCCAGUCUACAAACCACGCAGAGCAAACUUUCCGCAAGAUGGAGAACUACCUGCAGCAGAAGCAGCUGUGUGACGUUCUUCUCAUAGUUGGUGACCAAAAGAUUCCAGCUCACAGGUUGGUUCUCAGUGCAGCAUCUGAUUAUUUUGCUGCAAUGUUUACUAAUGAUGUGCGUGAAGCCAAACAAGAGGAGAUCAAGAUGGAGGGAGUGGACCCUGAUGCUCUGCAAGCCUUGGUGCGCUACGCCUACACAGGUAUUCUAGAGUUAAAGGAAGACACUAUAGAAAGUUUGCUAGCUGCAGCUUGUCUUCUCCAGCUCUCCCAGGUUAUUGGGGUAUGCUGCAACUUCCUCAUGAAGCAGCUCCAUCCUUCCAACUGCCUGGGGAUUCGCUCUUUCGGAGAUGCUCAGGGCUGCACAGAGCUCCUGAAGGUGGCCCACACAUACACUAUGGAACACUUCAUAGAAGUAAUAAAAAACCAGGAAUUUCUUCUGCUCCCUGCUAAUGAAAUUGCAAAGCUCUUGUCUAGCGAUGACAUCAACGUUCCAGAUGAAGAAGCCAUAUUCCAGGCCUUGAUGAUGUGGGUGAGGCAUGAUCUGCAAAACCGGCAACGAGACCUAGGAAUGCUGCUUUCUUACAUCAGGCUGCCCCUGCUUCCUCCCCAGUUACUAGCUGACCUAGAAAACAGCCCAAUGUUUGCAGACGACCUAGAGUGUCAAAAGCUUCUCAUGGAGGCUAUGAAGUACCAUCUGUUACCAGAAAGACGGUCCAUGAUGCAGAGUCCUCGAACUAAGCCUAGAAAAUCUACAGUGGGUGCACUCUAUGCUGUAGGAGGUAUGGAUGCCACUAAAGGUACCACUACAAUUGAAAAAUAUGACCUCAGGACUAACAGUUGGGUACAAAUUGGUACCAUGAACGGUCGAAGAUUACAGUUUGGAGUUGCAGUAAUCGACAACAAGCUCUACAUUGUGGGAGGACGAGAUGGUCUGAAAACUUCUAACAUUGUUGAAUGUUUCAACCCUAUCACAAAAGUCUGGACUAUAAUGCCUCCUAUGUCAACACACAGACAUGGCCUAGGGGUAGCAAUGCUUGAAGGACCAAUGUAUGCUGUUGGUGGCCAUGAUGGAUGGAGUUACCUUAAUACUGUAGAGAGAUGGGACCCACAAGCCCGGCAGUGGAACUAUGUUGCUAGCAUGUCAACCCCUCGGAGCACCGUGGGGGUUGCAGCAUUGAACAGCAAACUCUAUGCUGUUGGUGGACGAGAUGGGAGCUCCUGCUUAAAAUCAAUGGAAUGCUUUGAUCCACACACAAACAAGUGGAGCAUAUGUGCUUCCAUGUCCAAGAGAAGAGGUGGAGUUGGUGUUGCAACCUACAAUGGGUUUUUAUAUGCUGUGGGAGGUCACGAUGCACCUGCUUCCAACCACUGCUCUCGACUUUCCGACUGUGUAGAAAGGUAUGAUCCUAAAACAGAUGCCUGGACAACAGUGGCCCCCUUGAGCGUGCCUCGGGAUGCUGUCGGAAUUUGUCCUCUGGGGGACAGACUAUAUGCUGUUGGGGGCUAUGAUGGCCACACCUACCUGGACACCGUGGAGUCCUACGAUGCUCAAAAUAAUGAAUGGACAGAGGAAGUUCCAGUCAAUAUAGGAAGGGCUGGAGCUUGUGUUGUUGUUGUGAAGCUGCCCUGAUGACUACAAAUACUGUGAAACUAAACUGAGUGGAGUUCCAUGAAGACUGAGUCAUGAA